AUGAACUAUUUCAAAUUAUAAAACUCAACUUUUAAAUAAAAUGUUGCCUUAGCUAGCGGCGGAGCUUUAUUCUUUACAGAAUAGCAUGGUUAAAUAUAUAUUGAUAAUUCUACAAUUUUUGAAAAAAACUCAGCUGAAAUCGGAGGGGGAUUAAGACUACUAAAUUCUUUUGUGAACUUGAACCCAAAGGAACUCAUAUAAUUAAUGAAAAAAAUUAACUUUUUAAAUAAUUUUGCUUUUUUAUUUGGAUAAAACUUUUAGCUAGGAUUCCAAACACUCUAAGUAGAGGAAAUUUAUAUGUAAAAAUAAGGAAAUCAAGAGAAAAUUGAAUUUGUAUAUAACGAUUUCAGAUAAGCUUAGUCAUCUGAAUAUUUAGGAAAACUUUACAUCAAAAACUUUAAAAGCGGAGAUAUUAUCAACAUGGAAGUCUCGAUAAUAGAUGAGGAGGGAAAUAAAUUUAAAAUAGAUCAGUACUGUGAAACAUGUUAAUAUGGGACAUAUUUUCUUUAAAAGUAUGACAAUUUUAACUAUACUACUUAUAUGAAUGAAAAUUAAUUGCCGUAAUUAUGCAAAAAAUGUCCAAAAUAAGCUAAUUUUUGUUAAGGAAAUAUGAUUUAACUUGAAGAAGGUUAUUGGAGAGAAAGUAUUUAAGAAGAUAAUCCUGAUUUAAUUUAAUACUGUAAAAACAGCCCAUAAAACUGUAGAGAGUAAUAUCCAAACUAAAUCAAAGGAUGUGUAGAUGGUUAUAUAGGACCACUUUGCGAAACUUGCGAUUCUCUAGGGGAAGUUUGUCUUAAUAAACUACAUUUAAAUCAUUCAAUAUAUACUAAAACUGGAACUCAGUAGCUUUUAAGUAAAAGUUUCAAAUAGCAUAGAUAUUUUUUAGAGCCCAUAACACUAGCUCCUAAGCUCACUAGAUUGUCUAAUAAACUCUUUUGUUGA